AUGGAAGGCAGAAUACCGAUGGAGCCGAUACGGCGGCGGCGGCAAUUCCCUCUGGCUAUGGUUUUCAAGGGGUUGCUCUUGCUGGCAGCUCUGGCAGUGCUCUCAGGGGUGGACGCUCGAUCACCCAGACCACCACCUGUACGCCGAGUACAUACCCCCAAAUCCACCCUCAACAUCCUCCCUCGACUCGCGCGCAACCCCCUCUCCCGUCCCAGAUCCUUUCACCCGCCACCUCCUCCACCCUCGGAUCUUCGGCAUAGCGACACGAUCCACCUCACUCUGACUGUGCCAGAUUCGGAUACGCCCGCGCACCUCCUCCUGCGUCCGACCGAGGACCUCUUCCAUCCCGACGCGUUCAUCCGCGUAGAUGGCAUUCCGUCGGAAAGGUUACGAGCGGAGGACUGGCGGUUGUACAAUGGAGAAGUGGUUGAUGAGCGGUGGAUCGGCCGGAUCAAGGCGGAGGAGACGGCGGGAAUGAACAGUGGCAAGGGAGUAAGAGGGACGGCGGGGAUCAUGGUGCUGCAUACGGGGAUGAAUGGGCAGGAACCGGUGGUCGAGGGGUCUUUCAACAUGGACGGGGUGACCUACCACGUCAAGACCUCGGAGAAUUAUCUUCGUCUACGGAGGCCAGAGGAGGCCCUGCUCGAUACACACGGCUCGAUGGUCAUCUUCCGGGAUACCGACAUGUUCGACGACGAGCCGCAGACCUCAUCCUGCUCUCACGACCACCACCCGUACAACCAGAACAUGUCCCACCCUAUCUGGCAAAACCGGCACGACAACAUCUUCACGCCCCUCGACGAUCCCUUUGCCGUCGUCCGUCGGUCAGAUACCGGCGGAAUGAAUCCCUCCUCCAACUACAUCGGCUCCAUCGGGUCCACCUCUGGCUGCCCAUCCUCCCAGCAGGUCGUCUAUAUGGGCCUCGCGCUGGACUGCAAUUACGUCCGGACCUACAACGGCGGAACGGCGGCACGAACGCAAAUUCUCAACGUCAUGAACCAGGUCUCGUCCCUUUAUCGCCAGACCUUCAACAUCUCGCUAGGCAUCACCGAGCUCGUCGUCCAGAAUAUGACCUGCCCUACUUCGGCGCCAUCGGACGCGACCUGGAACGUCGGCUGCGACUCGGGAAUCAGCCUGGACGAGCGACUAAGCCGGUUCAGUCAGUGGCGGGGGAAUCGAGGAGGGGAUGGGAUCGGGCUGUGGCAUCUCAUGAGCGCUUGUGCAAGGGAUCAAGAAGUCGGUGUCGCAUGGCUCGGGACGGUCUGCCAGACUGGUUCGAGCAGGCAGCAGGGAUCAGUGGUAUCAGGGACGGGUGUCUCGACGGCUUUGCAGACGGAGUGGUCUUUGGUCGCACAUGAGAUCGGCCAUGGCUUUGGAGCUAUCCACGACUGUACCUCCUCCUGUACCUUAAGCGGGAACUGCUGUCCUUUCUCCACGUCGACUUGCAAUUCGGGCGGAAGGUUCAUCAUGAACCCCACAACUUCCAGCGUCGAGACUGCCUUUUCUCCCUGUACCAUCGGGAACAUCUGCUCCAACAUUGGGACUCGGUCGAUCCAGACUAGUUGCUUUCAGAAUCCAGGUGGACGGACGACUAUCGCUCUGCAGCAGUGUGGCAAUGGUAUCGUCGAUCCCGGAGAAGAAUGCGAUCCCGGCUUCAACAGUAGUUCUGCAUGCUGCGACCCCUCCACCUGCAAAUUCCGCUCCGGCGCAGUGUGCGAUCCUACCAACUCCGCAUGCUGCUCCUCCAGCUGUCAGUUCGCCAACAACGGUACCAUCUGCCGACCAUCCAUGGACGACCGCUGCGACUAUGCCGAGUAUUGUACCGGCCGGAACGCGACCUGCCCGUCCGACUCAUACCGCCCCAACGGCGAGUCAUGUGGUAGCAACGGUCUCGCCUGCGCCACGGGCAGAUGUACGAGUCUCGAUGCGCAGUGCCAGAACUCGGGCGGGGCGAACUAUAACUUUACCCAGGCGUGCGGUCAGCGAGCGGAUACGAGCUGUGUUGUUAGCUGCAGGGAUCCCACCUCUUCGAACACUUGUAUCACGCUGCAAAGCCCACUCAUUGAUGGCUCGCCAUGCGGCUACGCUGGGUCAUGCUUCAACUCGACAUGCCAGGCCGGACCAUGGCAAGACAGGUUGUCCUCCAUGUACACUCAGAACUUGCAGUACUCUAUCCCCGUGACGAUCGUCGUCAGCUUGAUCAUCAUCGCCAUCCUCUUCCUCCUCAUCCGCUGCCUCUUCCGUUGCUGCUCUGGCACACCCGCCAAGCGACGCCACCCCAAACCCCGCGGCGCACUCGCUACCGGCCCCCUCCCUCCCCCGCCUAUGCGCCAGUCUGGCCUCGCACCCCCACCUCCAGCUCAGGGAAGACAUAGCGGCUCCGUCAAUUCCGCUACGCCCAUGGCGGCCGCGUCGGCGCCACCGGCGGCAUAUGGUGGUGGUAGUGGUGGAGGCGGGAACCAGCAUGGACGGGCGUAUAGCAAUAACCCGCCCCCGCCACAGCAGGCGUAUGGGCAGCAGGGGUAUGGACAGCAGGGGUCGCAUGGCUGGGUGGAUGAGAAUGCGUACAACGGGCCAAACUACGGGAGGAGUCAGGGUGGGUAUCGAUGA